AUGACCGUCAUCGGAACAUUGGCUCACGCGAUCCAGCCACUUGGUACUCAUGAGUACAUUCUGUUCGCACUAGGCAUAUGCCUUCUGGCAAGUUAUCCUAUUCCAUACUAUCUAUGUCUUUUCGCAUACAAUAUAUACUUCCAUCCUCUGUCGAAAUAUCCGGGUCCCCGAAUAGCAUCGGCAACUUCAUGGUGGCUUGCGCUGCCCUAUGUUCGAGGCGGGUUACACAAAUAUCUCCUUAAGCUACAUGAGCAGUAUGGCCCAGUCGUCAGGACAUCUCCCAAUGAAUUGUCUUUCAUUAACCCCGCCCAAUGGAAAGAAAUAUAUGGUCACAAACCACCCGGCCAUCUUGAGUUUUCCAAAGACGAGAAAUAUCACUCAGGUAUAAAGGGCGGGCCCCUUAUUCUCAAUGCCGAUCGGCAUUACCAUCAGUAUAUUCGGAAGUUGCUGAUACAUGGGUUCUCGGAGAAGGCAUUGAGGGAACAGGAGCCCGUUAUGCAACGAUAUAUCUCGGUGUUGUUUCAAAAGCUACAAGAAAUCAGCAGAAACGGAACGGCACCUAUUGAUAUUCUAUCGUGGUACGACUUUAUGACGUUUGAUCUCGUCGGAUUUCUAACCUUCGGCGAAUCCUUCGAUUGUUUAACCAACUCACGGCUUCAUAAAUGGAUAGAGGUUUUUUUCAGCUUUGCUAAACUAUUGGCGUUCAGUCAGGCAAUUGCUCGUCUUCCAUUUCUCGUCCAAACACCCCUCAAGCUAUGGGCCAUCCCAACAUCCGUCAAGUCGGACAUAUCAACGCUGCAGCAACUCAACACUGAAAAAAUCAAGCAUCGCCUUGAACAUGAAUCAGAUGUACCAGACUUUAUGGAUAAAUUGAUUGAAGCUUAUAAGGCGGGAAAAAUGAGUUUCCAACAGCUCACGGGCAAUGCAUCUACGCUUAUUUCGGCUGGGAGUGAGACCACAGCGACAUUACUAUCAGGCCUCACUUACCUCCUUUUGAAGAACCCCCGAGUGCUUCAGAUUCUAACGAACGAAGUGCGGGGGGCAUUCAGCCAUCCCGAUGAGAUUACGAUCGCUCGUGUCAAUAAAUGUCGAUAUCUACUUGCGUGUAUAGAGGAAGCCCUGAGAAUAUAUCCUCCCUCGCCUCAGCCCCACCAUAGGAUCAUACCACCAGGAGGGGCCAUGGUAAAUGGCGAAUAUCUACCCGAAGGCGUAUCUGUGGCUAUUCCCAUAUACGCGGCGAGCAGAAGCCCUUACAACUGGUCACAACCAGAUUCCUUCAUUCCCGAACGCUGGUUGGGCGAGGAUCCUCAGUUUAGCAAUGACAAGAGAGAUGCAUCUCAACCCUUCUCUUUUGGCCCACGGAAUUGUAUUGGGCGAAAUCUCGCCUAUGUGGAAAUGAAGAUAAUUGUUGCUAGGCUGAUGUGGCAUUUUGAUAUUGAGAAUGCGACAGAGGGGGAUUGGUUGGAUCAGAAGGUUUAUUUAAUUUGGGAGAAAGCCCCAUUAUGGGUCAAAUUGCAUCCAGUGCAAAGGAGUUAG